GACUGAUCGUGAUAAGUUCUUCAAUUAUUUCAGAAUGACUCCGGAAUUAUUUGAAGAAUUGCUAACGUUAGUUAGACCACGGAUUCAGAAAGAAGAAGUUUGUCGAAUCCCAAUUUCACCUCGUACAAGAUUGCAGUUGACUUUGCGUUGGUUAGCAUCUGAUGACAGUUUAGCAUCUCAUUCAUAUGCAUUUCGUAUUGCACCUAAUACAGCAUCCAAAAUCGUAAGGGAAACUUGUGCUGCAUUGUGGGAGAUCUUGAAGGAUAAAGUUUUUCUGCAACCCACCGCUGAAAAUUGGCAAAAAGUUGCUGAUAAAUUUGAGGAAAUCUGUCAAUUUCCAAACUGCAUUGGAUCUAUAGAUGGGAAGCAUAUUAUUAUUCAGGCACCACCGAAUAGUGGCUCGUUCUGCUAUAAUUACAAAUGACGUGUUGAAAAAUAUAUGGUAAAAGCUAGGUAAAAAAAAGAUGUAGUGAAACUAAAAGUCUGUUCUUUGUAGUUGUACUGUAGACACAUAUUUGUAGACACAUAUUUUUCUCACUUUAACCAAUUGUACCAGUUCAGCAGUGCAGCUACAAAGAACAGGCUUUGUAUUAUGAAAAAACUUCACAUGCAUACUUUCAAAUAAUGUUUAAUAAUAUAAAAGAAAGUAUUACUAUCAUGUAAUUUAUCAAUGUUUCUAUAUAAUUGUUUUCAAUAUAAAUGUCAAUUUCAAGUUUCUUUUGGUAAACGAACAAAACUACCACAUAACCUAUAAAUACACGAACACAAUUCUAUGAUAUAUUCAGAAUAAUAAUAAUUAAUAAAUAGUCCCAAAUAGCAAGGAUACGUAUUAAUAACAUUUUUAUGACGUCUCUGGACGUGAACAUAAAUAUUAAAACAUUUAUAUGUGUUAUACAUUAUUAAAAUGUUUUUGUACGUCAUCCUGCUACCUGAGAAUAAUAAACAAUGCAUUUUAAAAUUAUU